AGGUGGGUGCUAUGGCAACGCGGGAGGUAAACGGGAGGAGGCCGUGGCAGCGGGCGUCGUGAGGGGAGGCCACGGCCGGGAGCGGCACCGGCACCCGGCGCAGGCACGUCUUGCGGUGGUAAAGGAAAUUUCAAGGGCUUUGCUGAAAAGCUCAGAGUUCUGGAAUCUGGCAGAGUCAGUAGAUGACUUCAGAGGUGAUUGUCUGCAAAAAAAACACUUUUAGGGUCCGUCCUCAGGGCUUGACGUGGAGUCCCUCCACUCAGUGAAAGGACAUAGCCAUGGUAAUACGGGUUUGAUUCUUUUGAAGUCUACUGAUGCCACUUUUUAAGGAAAUGGAGUUAAUAUCCAAGAGGUUCUUUCCCAAGGCUGCAGGACACAAACUGACCUGCCCAAAUUCACGUUUCGUGCAAGCAGUUAAAACUAGCAAACCCAAGCGUGGCAAAAGCAAAAGCUCCAAAAAGAAAGUAAAGAAGGUGGAGAAGGAAGUGGAUAUCCUCAGCCCAGCUGCCAUGCUCAACGCCUACUACAUCUGCAACAGUGCCGCUGCCUGCCUGGAGUUUCGGGGCUUUGCCUGGCCUGGCUCCCCCAGAAAGAGGGGGAAGAAAGGAAAGAAACGGGCGGCUGGAAAGCAAAGGACUUCAUGAAAACCAGGCUCCCCAGUGAAGAAGAGACUUUUUUGCAGAUUAAACUCGUACUGACCUCUCCACUGGUUAGCUCAAAUAUUUUGCCAUAAUCACUGUUGUGUCCGUACAAAGACACUCUUAUAUAGCCCAAGCAUAGAGUGACAAAUGGUAAGUGACACUGUGCCAUUGUAAUUUCAGCUGUGGCCCUUCGCCCUCCAGUUUUGUGUGGAAUGAAGCAUCACGCCUCAGCAUCCAAAGGGUUUGUAGUGGGGUUUGCUUUACCCACACCGCGGCCAUUCUUUUACGGAUGGGUCGUGCUCCCCAGUAGCAUUGGUGUACCUCCAGCUGGUUUAACCAGCGCUGGUGGAAACUUGAGCUCAGAAAGUGGAUACCAUGGUAAGAUUGACAUUGUUAAGUAUGAUUUCUAUAACAUCAGCUUAUCUGAGAGUCACCCAGCGCUCCCUCUCUGGGUCAACAAAGAGCCAUGCGAAGUCAUCUGUGUAUGUGUGCGAUUCACCUUGUUCUGAAGGAAAUGGCUACGUUUGGUCGGAUAAGCAGUACCUGAAGCUCCAGUGAAUUACCACCAGCUCUCCUUUGGCUGUAGUUAAAAUCUGGAGAUCUAGCUUAAAUGUUGUCAGUGAUGGUGUUACACACAGUUGGAGGUGAUGAUGAACCCCCCCACCAGGUCUCCCCUUACAGUAAUUGGUCUUAGUCCAAACAUCCUGGCUAGAGACCACAAGCUUGGUGUUAUGGUUCAGGGUUUUCCACUCUAUUUCCUCCCCAUGUGUUUAACACAGCCCCUGGUAAAUUGUGAAGCAGCAUGUCAAGCGAAGUUGUACAUCUCGCCCAGAUUUUUACACCGACUGGAAGGAUGCAGUGGAGUGGCUGAGAGGGGUGAGGAUGUGUCCUGAACUGAUGCAGGCUAUGGAGAGAUGGGAAGGAAUACAAGAGGGCUGGAAUCUCGGCGAAAGAGCUGGGAAAAGAGAAUCCACAAUGGGCUAGAGCUGCUGGGAGAUGUCCCAGUUCUCCAGGACACCCAAGGGACUGCGAGCAUGCAAGACCGCUCUCUGCACCAAGCGGCACUGUGACGUGCACAGGAAGUCUCACAUCAGAAUUGCAGUUGGUUUCUCAGGGCUGAACAUCUGUGGUGCCGGUCUGGCAGAGCAGCGAGCCGGCCCUCAGGGCCAUUUCUGAUUGCCUUAACUGCAGGAGGAGGUGCAGCACCUUUUCGACUUCCAGGUAACUUUAUGUUACGGAUAACGGAACAGUCAAUUACAAUGUGAUCAACCCAAACCGAUAAAGGCCUAUAAAGCCUCACCCUGUUUCUCCAUCUUAAAAUUUUCCCUCUAUGAAGAGGUCUUAACCUGGUAAAAUCACAGUUUUGCAGCAUUGCUUGUAGGCCAGCUACUAUCAUGUAGGCUACUGUGCUGCUCCACUGAAUUUGUUUCAUCUACGUGUCAAGAAAAUCAUGCUGGGUAUCCUUUUUCCUUGCUAAUUAGUCUGUUGUUGGCAUGUUCUGCUGAAUCAGAGCUGUGGUUCGCAGUACCAGUUUGUUCUAUGUUGUGCAUCAACGUAUCUUCCUCAGCGUUUACUCAAGUUCUUGCUUCCCCGUCACCCACCAGGAAGUCUCAGGUCACGGCAUAGACUUGCAACUAUUUCCUCCAAGUGAUACUUGCGUUCUAAAGCAAGAAAUCCCUUGUGAGUGACCUCUGUGUUUAGCAUCUUGAGCUAAACAUUAAAAAAAAAAAUUUAAAAAAAAUCAUUCCCUUUUUGUGUGAUAGAUUUUCUCCAUGAAGCGUUAAGGGACAAAGGUUUCCGAGCACUGAGGUAGGAACUGCUUAACAUGAUGGGGCAGCCCCCUACCAUCACUGUCCGGUUGGGUCCUAGGGUCAGUUUCCAGAAAUGGAAGAGCAGUACAAUCUCCUGCCAAGAUGAAGAACUCAGUUUAACAGCAAUUGCACGCAGAGCAGGUGUUUGGGGAAGGAACUUCCUUCUGGGCAACUUAGUCUCCAGCUACCUAUCGCAGCAUCGUGCGCAGUUUCCUCUGAAGCAGCUGUUAUCUGACCGGCGUGGGAGGCAGCGUGCCACGCAAGACAGGCAAGUGGUCUGAUCUGAUACGAUGGUUACCAGUAAGCAAAGCCAUUUUUACAUCCGUGAUAGACCAGAGCUACAAUGAUUUUAAAGACUCCAAAGCAAAGUCUUUAGUAUGCAAAAAAUACUGGAACAAAUAGUGAAAUAUCAUUAUAUAUUCUCUCUUUAAAAAAAUGAAACUAAAUCUGAUUUCUGCAUGAUGCAAUUGAGCACACCGGAUGGUAACCAGCGAAGUGCAAAGGACAAAGACUCUGCUUUCUAGUGUAUCUGAAAAGUUGCCAUUCAUUUCUUUGACAACAGAUGAGACAACCCUUCCAACCAUCCCAAACUGAAAAAUGAAACACUUAUUUUUUCCCUUUUUCCCUUUUACCUCCCUCACGCCUUGAUCCAUCGCAAUGUUGCAUGUAAUUCAGGCUCCCUGGGGGUUAAUAAAGACCAACAGACAGCUCUAAAGAAAAGUUUGGACUUCAAAUGGCUCAAUUCUGUAUUUGAAUGUGUUGCUUUAGAGUGCUGUGGGCUGUGCUGCUGAUUUCUAAGGGAAAGUCUUUGUCUCAAGUGGAUGUGACUUUGCAGGGAGUCUCCGCUGCUGCGGGAUGACACUUGCAGAUAUUUCUAUUUUAUCACAACCUGUAAGAGUUUGAUUCUGUGACGGGCUUUCCGGCCUGCUGCGUUGCAGAAUUUAUAAGCUGGGUUUAUGGUGAAUAAAGCCUGUUCUGCUCAAAUCCACAAAGAAUCUUUUGAGGGGAAACUGCAAUCUGGAGAGGCUCUUUCAGGCACAGUGCAAGGGAACUUUGCGGUGCUAUGUGCGUCACCUCUUGCAGGGAGUUACAAUUUUCUACUAUUAGGGCUUCCUUCGUUUUGCCGUUACCGAGCAGUUGAGCGCAGUGUGCCGCUUUGAGUACGCGAGGUUAACGUUUCCUGUAGGAAGUUGUAUACCAAAGCCCCACUGUUAAAAAUACACUGGAUGUUGAUGUGCAUGUUUCUGGGCGGGGAGGGGAGAGCCACAGGACUCUUGUCUGAUGUUAGUGAUGGCUAUAAAUAUAUAUAAAAAGUUUAAAAAAAGGUAUCAUUCACCACAUAUGGUAGUAGAAUAUUUCAAGCUGUAUGUGAACAGCUUCCUUUCUUUACUCUUUCCUUCACUCAGCAUUUCUGUAUUGCCUGGUAUCUCCUAGGAAGUUAUUUUCAUAUGAAGAAAAGCAUUGUGGACCUUUAUGAUGCAUAAGAAAAGCCCGAGAAGUGGCACAUACCCUUUUGUCUCAUUUCUCAUUUAAAGAAAUGCCCUGGCUCUUAUUUCCCAACGUCAGGGGAGGAUAGCUGAGGGACUCUUUUGCUCAUAAAUGGUAUCUCCAUAACAAAGAGGUUACUGUGGUGAAUUUUUAAAGAAAAACUUCCAUCCAAAAGGCAUAUUAGACAUUGUCACUAAAUAGUGUCAGCGGAAGUAAAUAAAAUAAAGCUUUCAGUAGGUUAACUCCUGUCUCAUUUGCUCCUUUUUCACUGCCGUGGUUCCCCACUGCCAUUUCAGAUGUCCUCCAGGAACAGAGAGAGUCCAAUUUCACUGUCUUUUUUAUAAACCUUUCUCUUUCAAGCUUUGUGUUAAAAAAAACCACACUAAAACAAACA